GCGUGUGACGUAUAACGUCACUCUAGGGAUCUCCGCAGCUGCCUUGACCCGAGCAGGGCUCCAGGCGGGGAUGGGCAUAUAUAAACCCCAUGCAAUUGAACCCCGACAGUAAGUGACUUCCAAAAAUGGCCACCAGAACAGAGCAAGUCCUCUCUCGCAAAGCGUCCAUUGAAGCAGAAAAAGUCGGAAAGACAUGCGCUCAUCUUGAAAAAGAUCACACUCAAGCCCCAGAGCUCGCCUUCCAGCACGCGCGCGAGAGGGCCGCGCAUGCUGCUGCGAUGUCGGCUCACGCAGCCGAAAAUUUACACCGCAAGGAAGUUCAAGAUGCGGCAAAAAUCAACGCUACCCUUGAGAAUCUGCGGUCUCGCUCGGAGCAUGCUCUGGAUGUAGCUGAGCAUCACAAGGCAGAGGUAUCGCAGCACGCCGCUGAAACCGCCGUGCAUCCAGCGAGUUUAGAAGGUGUUGUAAGAAAGGAACAGGAGAACGAGUUGAGGCGAAUGGAAUUACAGGAGGAGCUGCAACGAAAAGCUGAACAAAGCGAGAGAUUGAGGAGGGACAAGUUGGAAGAGGUGAAAGAGAAAGCGAGGGCGUUUGAAAGGCCCUUUGAACAUUGAAUUCCCGAUAACGUUUGGGAGGAUGGGAAAGGUGUGAAAAACAUUUUAGACAGGACUAUACCAUUACCCACAAAUUGUACAGAAAUAAAAUACUGAAAUUGACGAACCCA